AUGAUGACAGCUGUAGAGAAAGGCUGCCAGUUUUGUAAAGCGCGACUGAAAUCUGACUAAAGUUGGCAUCUUUAUUUUUUAUUUUCUCACCCACGUAAUGGAGUCGGAUACUUUACUACACAUGGCCAACUUCAGCACCCUGUUCGUGUGCAUGGUGCUGAAGUUUCCGCAGAUCUUUGUGCUGAUGAGAGCGAAAUCCACGGCAGGAGUCAGUCUGAACAGCCUCCUCCUGGAACUGACCGGGUUCAUUGUGUUUGUAACGUACCAGAUGUACUAUGACUACCCACCUCCGACUUACCUGGAAUAUCCCAUUCUCAUUGCUCAAGAUGUCAUUCUUCUGCUUCUGAUUCUUCACUACAAUGGCAGCCUCCAGCAGAGCCUCAUCUACACCUUGGUGUUUGUCGGCGGCUGGAGGCUUCUCACUGUGGAGAAGUGGAUCAUAGAUUUGGCGAUGAGCCUGUGCACGUUCAUCAGCGCAGCCAGUAAGUUUGCCCAGCUGCAGUGUCUGUGGAGGUCCAAAGACGCAGGACAGGUUAGCGCCCUCUCCUGGGCCAUGGCCACCUACACAUGUAUGGCACGGAUUUACACCACCACUGUGACAACUGGAGACAUGCAGGUUCUGGUGCGGUUCAUCGUCAUGACGUCGUUGAACAUGUGGGUCCUGCUCACGAUCCUUUACUACCAAAAACACAGCAGCUCCAAGAAGGAAGACUGAGCUGUAACAGUCCGCCACACCGCCGUGUCUUCAGGUCCUGUUGUCUAGAGACUGUUUCUGCAUUCUGGACAGAGCCACUACUGUAGAACUCAUGGGUUAAAACGGUUCUGUUUGCAUAUUCUGUAAAUCUGACCCAUAAUCUGUGCUUUUCAUAUUGUUUUUUUACCUCAGUAUUAAACCCGCACAUUCCUUUUUCUAACAUUCCAAUGACAUUUCCUAUUAAAUGUAUAGAAAGUAUUCUUGUUUAGUUGAAAAACAACACAAGCCAAGUGUCUCAGGAUAAGAAACACUGCAAUUUAAAUAGAUUUUAUAAAGGAGGUGAAUUAUUUUGAUAAAUCCGAUAUUACUGUUACUCAAUGUUAUCAUUCCUCAUAUGUAUCAUGCUGUGUUGUUUAUCCACAUGGUGUAUUCAGAUUUGUUACUUAAAAAAAACAAUAGAAUGCAAAAUAAACUUGACAACUUCUUACUUUG